UUUCGUAUCGUAACGGCGCCAGUAUCAGAUGUCCGGUUCAAGAUAACGGGCGGUAUUACUUUAUAUCAUCGUCACCGUCUCAAGUGCCGUCGUCCUCAUCCCUCCACUACAUCGUCAUGGCUUCGCUGUCGCAGGGACCGCAUCGCCCGCCUCCGCCGGAGCAAGACCUCCUUGACUCCACUGCCCCUGCUUGCCGGACGUCUGGAGACGGGCAGCAAGCAUCUUUUAUGGAGGGGAGCGAUGCAGUAAAUGGUCAUAUCAUCUCUACCACAAUAGGAGGCAAGAAUGGUGAACCCAAACAGACCAUUAGCUACAUGGCCGAGCGUGUUGUUGGAACUGGUUCCUUUGGAAUUGUAUUCCAGGCAAAAUGUUUGGAAACAGGGGAGACUGUUGCUAUAAAGAAGGUUUUGCAGGAUCGGAAGUACAAAAACCGUGAGCUACAGUUGAUGCGCUCAAUGGAUCAUCCAAAUGUGAUUUCUCUAAAGCAUUGCUUCUUCUCCACCACUAGCAGAGAUGAGCUUUUUCUUAACCUGGUCAUGGAGUAUGUGCCUGAAACGCUAUAUCGUGUUCUAAGUCAUUACAGUAGUGUGAAUCAGCGAAUGCCACUGAUCUAUGUGAAGCUUUAUACCUACCAGUUGUUCAGAGGUUUGGCUUAUAUUCAUACAGUUCCUGGUGUUUGCCAUAGAGAUGUUAAGCCACAGAAUGUUUUGGUAGACCCUCUGACUCACCAAGUCAAGCUAUGUGAUUUUGGAAGUGCGAAAGUGUUGGUUAAGGGUGAACCAAACAUUUCUUACAUUUGCUCUCGUUAUUACCGUGCUCCGGAGCUUAUUUUUGGUGCAACAGAGUAUACCACAUCGAUUGAUAUAUGGUCAGCAGGUUGUGUACUUGCUGAGUUACUACUUGGCCAGCCAUUAUUUCCGGGAGAAAGUGCUGUUGAUCAGCUUGUUGAGAUAAUAAAAGUCCUUGGAACUCCGACACGUGAGGAAAUUCAGUGCAUGAAUCCUAACUACACAGAGUUCAGGUUUCCACAGAUAAAAGCACAUCCAUGGCACAAGAUAUUCCAUAAAAGAAUGCCUCCAGAAGCAAUAGAUCUUACUUCACGGCUUCUCCAAUACUCUCCAAGUUUUCGGUGCAGUGCUUUGGAAGCAUGCGCUCAUUCCUUUUUCGAUGAACUAAGAGUUCCAAAUGCAAGGUUGCCAAAUGGUCGUCCACUGCCUUCUCUACUUAACUUCAAGCAAGAACUGGUAGGUGUGUCGCCUGAGCUCAUUGACAAGCUGAUUCCAGAACAUGUGAAGCGGCAAUCUAGUCUGUGUUCCAUGCAAACACCCAGUGUAUGACAUCGUUAACACUUGUUACACGCAUGUUCUGAUCAAAAGCGAGCAAGGAACUGAAGUUCUAUUGUCAUUGAGAAAGACUGACGGGUAACAGUGUUUGUUUGGUGGAAGAUAAAAGAUAGGACUGAAACUGUUGUUGGUUUUGCGGGUCCGUCCACAUCUCCUACCUCGAUCUUUGUACAUUAUAAAAUAGGAUAACCGGUCGCUAAGUGUGCAUUUUGGUUGUGCCUCUUCAAUUUUACUGGGUAAUGUCCUUGCUCAGUUGGGUUCAUCUAACUCAUGUAUGUUACUCAUGUAUCUUUUGUUUUUCUCCUGUAAAUGCAUGCAAUCCAGGUUUUUGAAUGUUUGAACUGAUAAAGGAAAGCCUAUGAGAUGUUGAAUAUGGUUGUAAAA